GCGCACGCCGUCGGACUCGGCGCACGUUAGACCCCACCAAGCUCCCCUCCCCGGUCCACCCUGCCCGGCCGCUUGGCCUGACCUUCCCCAAGUUUAGAUCUCAAAAUUCGCCGCUCGCUCCUCCUUUCCUUCUCCUCCGCCUCCCACCACCUCCGAUCUCCGCUUCUACUUCUCUCUCCUCAACUGCCCGUCCCCUCGCCUGCCCGAAAUUUUCCCACCCGUCACGUAUCCUUCUCUUCUGAUUUCUUACGCCGUAGUAAUCCUCCGCUCGCCGCUCUGACACGGCCCUCGAUGGCCACGGCCGCCUCGUCUCCUCCCAGAUCAACCACGGCCCCCCCGCCCGACAUAGAUUGUGAUCCGUCCCCGCCUUCAGCCGCGCCCGAGAUCCAGUCCCUCCCACAACCGCCGGCCUCCACUCCCGCCUCCGAAAACCCUCGCCGGCCGCCGCCGCCCUGCUGGUCCCCCGAUGAGACGGUGGCGCUAAUAGACAUCUACCGCCAGAAAUGGCACUCCCUCGGCCGCGCCUCCCUCAAGCCCGACCACUGGCAGGAGGUCGCCGACGCCGUGGCUUCCCGCUGCCCCGUGUCUUCCCCUCCCAAGACGGCCACCCAGUGCCGCCACAAGAUGGAGAAGCUCCGCAAGCGGUACAGGGCCGAGAUCCGCCGAGCCGAGGCGAUGCCCGUAGGCCGCUUCACCUCCAACUGGGUCCACUUCAAGCUUAUGGAAGCAAUGGACAGGAGCCGUUCCGGAAGCGAUGACGAAGACAACGACGAGGACGACGAAGGCGAGGACAUGGAUUUCUACGAGCCUCGUAAGCGAAAGAAGGUUCGAGCUGACACUCGGAGCAGUGGCCGCCAUGGUUAUUACCCGAAUGGGAUUGGAGCCGAAACUGCUAGCCGAAGCAAGAACAUUGGUGGGUUCAGGAUUAAGAUCCCAACGAUAGGGCAGCAGAAGCUCAAAUCAUGCUCCGCCGGGAAUUCCUUAAAACCAAACUACGAUGAAGGUGAGACGGGGAUGAAGAGCCGACUGAGGAAGCAGCCGAGGCAAAGCUCGGACCCGCUGGAAGAGGUUGUGAGUGCGGUGAAGGUGUUCAGGCAAGGGUUUGAGAGGAUGGAGAAGAUGAAGAUAGAGAUGGCGAAGGAGAUCGGGGCGAUGCAGAGGGAGAUGGAGAUGAAGCGGACUGCCAUGAUCUUGGAGUCGCAGCAGUUCAUCGUGCAGACCUUGGCAAAAGCAAUAUCCGAGAAGAAGGUGGAGAAGCAGAGCAAGAACAACGAGAAGGAGAAUGAGGAGGCGGUCGAAAGAAUCCCGACUCCCGAAGCCGAGGCUUAAAGUUAUAAACACCUCAGUUCGUCGGGCACAAAAACCGUUCUGCGAUUCUUUCUCCUCCUGCAUCAUGCUGGAGGCCUGUAGCCCGAAACGACAGUGGUAAGAACUUGCGGUUGUCUAGCUGGGAUUGUAAAGCCGGGCGAAUGCCAUUCUCUAGUUUGGAUGGGUUUUUUGGCACGUUUUGCAAUUUCUAUUCCAUCCUGAUUCCGCCCAAGGCUCGGCAAAUUUAGCCCUCCGAACGACUCCAAUUUUCAUGCAGCAACCACUGGAAUCCUAAAGCCCACCGUGCCACCACCGCCAUCCAGGGGACCGCUCUCCCUGAGCUGCGUAAGGCCCGGUGAGCUCCUUCUAAAUCGCCCAAAGACUCGAGAAGAAAAUUUCGCUUGCCUUGCGUAUCAUUUGAAAGAAAAUGUUACAAUUGCCUUUCUGAAAAACAUAUAUGAUUCUUAACUUAACUAGUACACGUUUGUAUUU